AUGGAUAUGAAUAAGACAUUAGGAAACUAUCCAAAAAAGCCCAACACAGAAAGAAGGGAUUCGUCAACAUAUAAACAACAAAGAAAGACUCCAAAUGUCAAGAAGGAUAAUAAGAUUGUGCCCAACAAAGCAGCAGGAGCAGCUAUUUUAUCAGCCGUGACUUCACCACCAAGUCCAAGUGUGAUUCAGCAACAACAGCAACAACAACAACAAAACGGAAUUAAUACAAAUGAACUAGUCGAGUUUUUAAAUAUGCGCUUUUCAGAUGUAUUGACAGCUUAUCAUGAUACCAAUUUGGAUGCUUCACUAAGACCAGAGAAAUAUGAAAGCCAAGAAAAGGCAUGGACAAAACCCGUCUGGGGACAACAGCAGCAGCAGCAACAGAAACCAGGUGUUAUGGCCAAUGGACUUGACUUUUUAACAGAAAUAACGCAUCAAAUAAAAUAA